CAUCUUCAACUCACCGUCAAGAUGAAGGAGGAGAAAAUGGACUCCGGCGGCGAUCGUCAGAAGCUCAUCGAAGAUGAGAUUGAUCGCGUCAAGGCAGCCAGGGAGUUGUUAGAGGAAGCCCAGAAGCUGUCGGCGGCCGGUGGUCGCCGGGAUCCUGACAUCGACGAAGUCAUCCGCAAAUGCCGGGAACUUGAGCGCUACCGAAAGGAGGAGAUUGCUAUUGAACGUUGCAAGUCAACCAAAGAACGUUUCAUAGGUCUCCGGACUGGAUACUUGGAAAACGGUCGCCAGCCGCCUCAUAUCGAUGAUUUGGUCCGCGACUUUGGUGAUCGUGAGCAGGAGCUGCGUGCGGAGUUACAGCGGUCUAAGUUCAAGGCCGGCUCUGCCUCUCGCAAUGGCUGAUCAGAUUCUGUUCUUACAAGCCCGACAGGAUGGCAUACCAAGGCUGAUAGGGCAGCACAUUCUCACAGAGGUUUCUAGAGCAUCAC